GCCAGCGUCAGAUAACGGCAGCAGCAACAACAGUUGUUCCCGCACCAAACCCGCGAAGAAGAAAGUCCACAUCGUCCCAUCGUCCUGCGAACAGAUCCUAGCGCCGUUCAGAACAGAAACGACCGUUUUCGGACGCCACGCCAUCGCCAUGGAUAACAUGAAACUGUUCAGUGUGCUGCUGAUUUGUGCCGCUUUGAUGUUGGCCUGUGAGGCGCAGCUCACCUUCACGCCGGCCUGGGGCAAGCGGUCUCCUGGGUCGCUGACGAUGAAUCCACUCGCGAGCAGCACUUACGGCCAGGACGCGUGCAAAACACCAGUCGAUUCGCUGCUCGUGAUCUACCGAAUGAUUCAAGCCGAGGCUCAGAAGAUUGUCGACUGUAGCCAAAAGUAAAUGAGCGCCGCUCAUUUCAUCUGCCAGCACCGGGCAUCGCCGUUGAGUUGCGGGGGUUCUUUUCGCGGAAAAGAAUGGCAGCGGCGGCAGCAGCAACAGCAAAGUAUUCUCGACCAUCGGCAGGUUUCCCGGCUUCGCUUCGCAUCGCAACAACAUUCGGCUCCGGAUCUCGGUUUUUGAUUUCGACCCACGCGCCGUCACUUGGUAAACUCAUAACUUCCUCAUGGUUCCCGGAUUGGCGUGCAAUUGGUGGUUGCAACUGUACAUAACUCGUGCUGCUAUCAUCCCGUGUCCGGCCAGCACCGGAUUCAGUGUAUUGGCAAAACACCCAAGAAUCAAACAACAACAAA